CGCCGAGCGAAGGGCGGCGGCAGCGGCGGCGGCGGCUCGUGCUCUGUCCGGGUGGCGAUCGCGCUCGGCUCCAGGCUCCCGGCCCGCGGCGGCGCGCCCCCAGUGCUCCCCGCACCCCGCGUCCCCCGCACCCGCACUCGGCCCGCGGCGGGCGGAGGAGCGGCCAUGCCGCCGCGGCGCAGCAUCGUGGAGGUGAAGGUGCUGGACGUGCAGAAGCGGCGGGUGCCCAACAAGCAUUAUGUCUACAUCAUCCGGGUCACGUGGUCCAGUGGCUCCACUGAGGCCAUUUACCGGCGCUACAGCAAGUUCUUUGACCUCCAGAUGCAGAUGUUGGACAAAUUUCCCAUGGAAGGAGGACAGAAGGACCCUAAGCAGCGGAUCAUUCCCUUUCUGCCAGGUAAGAUUCUCUUCAGACGAAGCCACAUCCGGGACGUGGCUGUCAAACGCCUGAUACCAAUUGAUGAAUACUGUAAGGCCCUCAUCCAGCUGCCCCCCUACAUCUCUCAGUGUGAUGAGGUGCUGCAGUUCUUUGAGACAAGACCUGAAGACCUGAAUCCCCCCAAAGAGGAGCACGCUGGGAAAAAGAAAUCUGGAGGUGACCAAACCUCAGUGGACCCCAUGGUCCUGGAGCAGUAUGUGGUGGUGGCCAACUACCAGAAGCAGGAGAGUUCAGAGAUCAGCCUCGGCGUGGGGCAGGUGGUGGACAUCAUCGAGAAGAAUGAGUCAGGUUGGUGGUUCGUCAGCACUGCUGAGGAGCAAGGCUGGGUCCCUGCAACAUGCCUCGAAGGCCAGGAUGGGGUGCAGGAUGAGUUUUCCCUGCAGCCUGAAGAAGUCUCAUGGAGGUAUUGGUCUCUGCCCCGGCCUGUGGGCCGCCGCCGGACUCUGGGGGACUUGUAUGCCAUCAGCUGGCGUCAAGAGGAGAAGUACACAGUCAUCUACCCGUACACAGCUCGGGACCAGGAUGAAAUGAACCUGGAGAGAGGGGCUGUGGUGGAGGUCAUCCAGAAAAACCUGGAAGGCUGGUGGAAGAUCAGGUACCAGGGCAAAGAAGGCUGGGCCCCUGCCUCCUACCUAAAGAAGAACAGUGGGGAGCCCUUGCCCUCAAAGCCAGGUCCUGGCUCACCUGCCCACCUGGGUGCCCUUGACUCGGAUGGUGUUUCCCGGCAGCAGAAUGCAGUGGGCAGGGAGAAGGAGCUGCUCAGCAGCCAGAAGGAUGGGAGAUUUGAAGGCCGCCCGGUGCCCGACAGCGAUGCCAAGCAGAGAUCACCAAAGAUGAGGCAGAGACCCCCUCCUCGCCGGGACAUGACCAUUCCUCGAGGCCUCAACCUGCCGAAGCCGCCCAUCCCGCCCCAAGUGGAGGAAGAGUAUUACACCAUCGCCGAGUUCCAGACAACCAUCCCAGAUGGCAUCAGCUUCCAGGCAGGUCUGAAGGUCGAGGUGAUCGAGAAAAACUUGAGUGGCUGGUGGUACAUUCAGAUUGAAGAUAAGGAAGGGUGGGCCCCGGCAACCUUCAUUGACAAGUACAAGAAGACCAGCAAUGCCUCGAGACCCAACUUUCUGGCUCCCCUGCCCCACGAGGUGACCCAGCUCCGGCUGGGGGAUGCAGCAGCGCUAGAGAGCAGCGUGGGCAGCGAAGCCACGGGCCCCUCCCGGCCCCUGCCUGAGGCACCACAUGGGGCCAUGGACUCAGGGUUGCCGUGGUCUAAAGACUGGAAGGGCGGUAAGGAGGUCCUGAGGAAGGCCUCUUCAGACAUGUCUGCGUCAGCAGGCUAUGAGGAGAUCUCAGACCCCGACAUGGAGGAGAAGCCCAGCCUCCCUCCGCGGAAAGAAUCCAUCAUCAAGUCGGAAGAGGAGCUGCUGGAGCGUGAGCGGCAGAGGACGCAGCAGCUCCGGGGCCCCGUCCCCAAGCCUCCGGGCGUGAUUUUGCCGAUGGUUCCAGCCAAGCACACACCUCCAGCCCGGGACAGCAGGAAGCCAGAGCCCAAACCUGACAAAAGCAAACUGCUCCAGCUGAAAAAUGACAUGGGGCUGGAGUGCGGCCACAAGGUCUUGGCCAAGGAAGUGAAGAAGCCCAACCUGCGACCUGUCUCCAAAUCCAAAACUGACCUGCCGGAGGAGAAGCCAGAAGCCACUCCCCAGAAUCCCUUCCUGAAGUCCAGACCUCACGUUAGGCCAAAACCAGCUCCUUCCCCCAAAACAGAGCCACCUCAGGGCGAAGACCAAGUCGACAUCUGCAACCUCAGGAGUAAGCUCAGGCCUGCCAAAUCCCAGGACAAGUCACUGUUGGAUGGGGAGAGCCCCCAGGCAGUAGGGGGUCAAGACGUGGCCUUCAGCCGAAGCUUCCUCCCAGGAGAGGGGCCUGGCCGCACCCAGGACAGGACGGGCAAACCGGAUGGGCUCAGUCCAAAAGAGAUGUCCUGCAGAGCCUUUCUGAGGCCAGCCAAGACCACAGAUCCUGUGUCUAAGAGCGUGCCUGUUCCUCUCCAAGAGGCUCCCCAGCAGAGACCUGUGGUCCCACCCCGGAGACCACCCCCUCCCAAGAAAACCUCUUCGUCAGCCGGGCCUCUUCUAGAGAUCAGAGGUCCACAGCGUGAAGCCCACGAAAGUAGGGCCGCUCCCACCCCAGGCCAUGCUCUCCAAGUCCCUCCAAAAGCCAAACCUUUUCUCUCCAACUCUUUAGGGGGCGAGGAUGAUAUUCGAAGCAAAGGCAGCCUGGGGCCACGGGGGACCGGCAAGAUCGGAGAAAACUGGGAGAAAGCAGCUGUAGCCUCCGUCCCCAAUGCCGAUGGCCUGAAGGACUCUUUGUAUGUGGCCGUGGCCAGCUUUGAAGGAGACAAAGACACCAGCAGCUUCCAGGAAGGGACGGUGUUUGAAGUCCGGGAGAAGAACAGCAGUGGCUGGUGGUUCUGCCAGGUCCUGAGUGGGGCCCCUUCUUGGGAAGGGUGGAUUCCUUCCAACUAUCUUAGAAAGAAGCCGUAGCCAACUCCCGUUCUGCCUAGAGGGCCCGCUGGUCCUUGCUGGCUUUACCACAUAUUUAAUACACCUCUUAAUUUAUCAUUCUCCACGCAGCUUCCAAGGCAGACAGACUCUGGGAUACGAUGGCUUCUUGCCUCCCUUGGGCAGAGAGUGAGUUUCAGAUACCUCGGGUGCCCCUGGGUCUGAUCCCUCCCAUCACAGCAUCCCUGGAGGCUCAGCAGCCACGGCCCUUGCUUUCUGUCCAUGUCAGCCUCCCUGCCUUAAGAGAGCUCCUGGCCAAUGGCAUUGCCACCCAGCAGUGGGACCAGGACUCUCCAAGGCCUCCAGGCCUGGAGCCCAUCACCUGGAGAAACUCCAGCAAGGGUCUCAUGGCUUGGACACGGCACAGGAAGGGGCAGCCCACCCAGUCCUUGAUGACUUGCUCCAACUUUAUGUUUCUAAAAGCCCAGUGGCUUUAUUCACUCUUCCUAAAAUGCCUGGUACCAGAAAGACCUUUAUCCUGAAGAAUUCCAUUCCAUUGCCAGUCCCAGGGAAAGUGUCCCUCCCCUAGGCCUCAGGCUGGUGCGCCCCUGAGGUUCCACUGGAUGCUGCUCCCCCAGGAGUGGGCCUGGAGGUCCGCUUGGCAGCCCUGCCUCCCACCUUCUAUCUUGGGACCAUGGUCAGCCCUGAAGGGUGGUUCCAGCCCCGCGCAGGCUACACUUUCCUGCUGUAGGCUCCGGUCCCGCCGGGGUUUCUCAAUAAGAAUUCCCUCCCAGCUUCGAGCAUUUCAUUUUUGCCUACCUAAAGCAAGAAUCUCAAAGUCUGAGUAAGAGGCCCAUUCACAAGUCGUGCCCUCGUGAGCAUCCUUUUGCUGAGUGCCUCGGUGGUGCCAAACACUGUACCUGGCACUUUGCAUUCAUGUUUUGACCCUCACAACCUCCCUUGUGAUACUAUAUCCCCUUCAUAGAUAAGGCACCUCAGGCUCCACGUGAAAGGGACACAACAGCCAGGAACAAGAGGGAAGAGGAUUUGAGUCCAGGCCUGCCUGACUUCAAUACCUGUGCCCUCCCCUCUAUAAAAGGCAAACCAGGCAGGGAAGAGAUAGAAGCUGGCCAGGUGCCAGGAGCAGGUGGCCAAGUGGCUUCAUUGUGGUGGGAAUGACGGGGCCUUCGUGGCUGCUCCCACUCCCACCAUCCCUCUGGCCCACAGCAGCUUCCACCAAAGGCUGUCCUGGACUCAACAGCUGCAGCUUCAUAGCAGGAGAAUGCCAGGGUCCUGGUGGUUGGCACAGAGCCCUGUUCCCUGCUUCUAAGCUGUUGCCCCUGGGGAAUAGAGCUGAUGGAGCAAUGGGAGCUGAGGUGGCCUCAGGGGCUGGCCUCGAGGGGCCAAGCGUAGCAUGCAGCAGUCCCAUAAGGAGACAGGGAACCCAGGGCCAGGCAGAGCUGCUUCCUGCACCUCUCUGGCAUUUGUCUUUUUUUUUUUUUUUUUUCCUUUUUUCAUACACCUACAAAUCUGUUUUUCUCCCUGGACAAAGCCCAGGGCAGAUGUGGUCAUCUGUCAAACUGAGGCAUGGAGAGGCAUCGCUGAGUCACUGCAAAAACAAAAUCAGGACCCAGCAUUUCUAGCUCCCAGCCCAGAGUAAGAGAGCAGAGCAGAGCUCCUUCCCAUUCUGCCCAACCGAGGUAGCCCUGCCCUGCCCGAGAUCUCCAGUUCACGGUGUUCAUCUGCUGAGAUACUUUUGGACCCACAAAGCCAGUGUUUUGAGGGGAUGCUCACUGUCUAGCUGCAGUGCCAGAGUUUUUCUGGAACUGCCUCCUUCUGCCCUGCUGCCCAGCUGUACCCCUUGCCACAUGGGUACUGGCUGCUUCUGCAGGAGAAGGAGCUUCCUCUGCUCACCUGGAGCAUCUUCAUUCCCUUCCCCCAGUCGGCCUGCAAAUCCCAUUCCCCAGAGAGGCUUGGGCAGGGCCCUGAGGCACCUCUUGCAGGGUCCACUUGCCCCGGUGCCCAGAACCUUGGGGACAGAUGGCAGCCAGGGGAAGAAGGGAGGCAGGGAAGGUCUGCCACCACUUGAGGGUCCCUUGAGAGGAGGCCCCAUGGCAGCUUUCCUGAGUUCUUGAUCCACUUUGGUCUAAACAACUUUUGUGAGGCUAUGUGGGAUUUGACUACAUUUCAAAAGACAAAACUCACGUGUUUUUUUUUCUGAUUUGCUCUUUGGCUUUCAGUGACAUUUUCAGGUAUUUUGUGAGUGCCUACCAUGUGCUAGGCACUGAGUAGACUGGGAUGUGUGUGGCUCCAUCCCUAGCUGGAAGAGCUUUGAGCUCUGUCUGCUGACUUCACUGAAGGAGUUUCUCUCUUGCCUCAUUCCUUCCUCCCGGGGGUCAGCUGGGUCGAAACAGACUUGCCCCGCCUUCCUCUGGGCAGGAAGUGUUCCCGCAAAUGAAAGAAUCUGCCUUUCUUUUUUUGCUAUGAUGAUAACUAUUAUUGUGACAUGAACUGUAGGUACUGAAGCCACAUUCCUCUCUGUUCACUGUUGUCUCCGCGGGUCCUGUCUAUGUCCUGAGGACAUCUGUAUCCAGCUCCUUUUCCUACAGUGCUAGACACUUCCCCAGGGAGCUAGCAGUGGGUGGGUCUGGAUGGCCAGUCACUCUCCUUGCUGCCCUCACCUGGGGACUUAGGUUUACCCCAUCCAGGACUGUGGUCACUAUUCUGAACAACUGAUGGGACAUAGGCAGAACUCUCCUGGAGUCAUGGCUCUAGAAGGUGUCCAGGCCCAUUGCGCCAGCUGUGCCAAGCACCGGGCUGGGGACCGGUCCCUAAACACACUCCUUUAAUCCUUGCAGCAAUCCUGUGAGGCGGAUAGGACCAGCCCUGAUCUAUAGUGAGAAAAUUAGGGCUCAGAGAGAGAGGUCACAUGUCCCAGCCUUGUCCAAUUAAUGACCAAGCUGGGACUCAGAUCUAGGGUUUGGGUUUCUUUAUUAUAUCCUUUUGCCCAUGACUUUUCCUCUGCCAUUUGCAGGGAAAUGUGCGUCGGGCCUCCAGGGAAUCACGUGACCCUCCCUCUGAAUUGUGGUGUCUGUUCCCUCCACCUCUUGGUCACACAUUUCAGUAGGUCACAGGCCAAAUGGCAGCCCAAAAGGUGGGCAAAGAUUUUUUUUUUCUUCCCGUCACCCCUGCUUACCACCACAAUUGUGAUGACAACUUUACCUUACGUCGCAGGGCAAAGGGACAGCUGGUGGUACCUCC